AUGGCACAUGUGAAGGAGGAUCGCGUCGCGGUGAGGGAUCUGAAACUGGACUUCUACCUGGGCCCCACAUCACCCGACCGACCAGGAAGGCGUGUUCCCAUGCCUUUCACCAUGCUGGACGGAUACCAAGGAGAAGCUACGCACGGGUUUAUACUGCGGCAUCCAGAAAACUACAGGGAGCUUAAUCCAUCGUUCUCCCGAAUUUUGGGAAAUGAAAACGCGAAGGGGAUGGACAUAAAGGGGCCUUGUGUUAUCGUUUUGUGCAACCAAAGGGGCAUCUUUGUGAAUGCAACGUACGAAGACAUCCGCGAAGAGACGGAUAGGGAAGACAUUGCAUCCGAGUCGGAUAAAGAAGGGGGAGAGAUUUAG